UAAGGUGAAUGUAAGCUUGGUUUCUUGUAUAAUUUCUGUUUGUUUGUAAAAGCGUAAAAACUAAUUAAAGAAAUGUGUAAUUAUUCUGAACUUAAUUAGCGUUGAUAUUGAUCACCAUUGAUUCAAAAUAUGACAUCGACAUUUGACAUGAAUCUUAUUGAAAGCGAAGCUGCAUCAACUGCAGCCAAACAUGUAGCUAACAUGCUACAACGCCCUGAUCAGCUGGAAAAAGUAGACAAAUAUAUGCAUCGAGAAUUACGUAAAAAGGCCUCAGUUGAUGGUGUUUUGAAAACUGCUAUGCAGACUCAGUUGGAUGGUGUACAGACUGGUUUAUAUCAAUUGGAUGCUGCUUUGACUGAAAUCAAAGAAAUUAAUAAAGAUAUUCAAGAAAUGCAAGAAACUUUAAAGCUUGUACCAGAUCUUGUUGAAAAUUUGUAUGCAUUAAAAGUAGAAAGCAAAGAACAUAGUCAGUGCUCCGCUGCUCUGGAAAAUCUUGAACAUAUUCUAAAUAUCCCUAAAAGUGUGCAAGAAGCAAUGGAUAUGAUCAAUGAAGGAAAGUUACUUGCUGCCCAUCAAGUUCUUGCAAUAUUAGAACAUUCAAGAGAUGAUUUAUUGUUUGAAAUGCAUAAACUUGCAAAUCAGAGUCCUACAGAUCAAAAUAUGCUAAAACAUUAUUUUUCUGAUGUCGAGAAACUAUCAGAGGAAAUAAGCAAGCAAAUAUGGCUAAUUUUGCGUAGGACACUUAAUUCUGUGAGAAAAGAACCCAAAAUCAUUGUCAGUGCUUUAAGAAUAAUUGAACGUGAAGAGAAUGAAGAUGCUGCUGCUAUUGCUUGGCAAAAAAGAAGUGGUUAUAUGCCUGUAGGGAGGCCCAAACAAUGGAGAAAGCAAGCAUUUAAUGUUUUGAAGCAAUCAGUUUUAGAAAGAAUUGAAGGAAAUCAAUUUGAAGAUCGUUCUGGAAAUAAAAUGUGGUUAGUUACACAUCUUGAAGUUACAAGGCAAAUAGUUGUUGAAGAUUUAAGAGUUGUAAAAAAUGCUUGUGAACCAUGUUUCCCUCCAAAAUAUCAAAUAUUUGAUGAAUAUGUCAAAAUGUAUCAUGAGUGCCUUACAAGACAUUUACAUGAUCUUAUUGGAAACAAAUUAGAAGAUAAUGAAUAUAUCACAUUAUUGACAUGGAUAAGUGCCUAUGGGUAA